AUGCAGGCACUUUGGUCCAGAGCGGGCCAGGUGCGCCAUUGCGGCUGCAAAGCCUGCUUCAAUGCCGCCGGAGGCAUGAUGCGUCAAUCGGCGACGCGAGCGACACAAAGGAAACCGACCUUUACCGAAAUGUUCACGGCGUGCUACACAUCAAUCAUGGGAACGGCGGCUGUGCUGGAUGCGAAGAGAAAGGACGAGCGCCGGAAGGAUCUGGAACGGCAACUCGAGGAGGCGAGGGCGGAGUUCGCGAAGGUUAUGGAAAACUCAUCGGCCGAUACCCUCGAGACAGCACCGGCUGGGAACAUUGCCAACCGAUACAAGGGCGCAUUGAGGGACCACAAGAAGCAGCCGAGCGAGAUCUCCGAGUUUUUCGAUUCCCUGGGCCGUACGCAGACGUGGUCCCGGGCUCCGCCAAGGUCUCCCGAGGUGGAAAUGAUAUGGGCAGAGUAUGGACUCGAACCAACAAGGAGGUCGAUGAGGGCUCUUGCUCGCACAGACUACGUUUUGCUGGAUCGUUUGCUCGUCGAGGAUGAGGCCCCGCGCAAUUUUCAGCACCGCGCUCCAAAAACGCUAAGGCAGAUGAAGGCAGCGGAGGAUAACAUGCAGCAAUUGGUCUCCAGCUUGCUCCGCGGAAAGACAGUAACCGGAAGCGGUGAUCCGAAGAAGAUUAGGAGAGGACUCGACAAGGUAAAACACGACGACUGCGACACGCAACACUUACAGCAAGAGGUCGCAGAAUUGAGGCAGAGAAGCUACCCUCACUACGAGCGGGAAGUGGACUCCGGAGCUCUCAAGAAGUGCAGUGCGGAUCUGAACAGGUCGUUAAGAGACAUCUUUGAGGUGGCACAGCCUUCCAAUCUCCGGUCAACAAUUAUGAAGGUGUGCCACAACCUUCUCGUCUCGUCGCAGCCUCCUACUAUCCACACGUACAACACCCUGAUUAAGGGGUUUGACGCCGCGGGACUUCAUCCCCUAGCCUCCAGCGUGGUCAAGUCUUUAUUUCAAUCCAAGCUUGAGCCGACGCAGGGGACACUGGUUUGCCUCUUGAACCACUUCAAAGAGACGAAUGAAAGCGGCAACUUCAACAACAUCAUCGAGCGCAUGACUGGCAAAGACUGCCGGGGUAUGAAGAUUCGAAGAAAACCGAUUGACGACGUGAAUGUGGACCCUAAGCUCCGGAGAUGGGCACUAUCGAAAGAUGUUGUUGUCACUAAACAAUACGUCAUCGAGAGAGCUUGGUUCGACACCCAGGUUUUUGCUGCCAUCGUUGAAGGCAUGCUGAGCUUUCGCUACCUAAGGAAUGCUGUGGCUACUGUAGCAUUUGGUCUCAAAAUGGGAUUCACAUUCAGCCUACGGACAAUGUCACAACUCCUAGACCAAUGUGUUCGCGCGCUGGAUCCCAAGGCUGCGUUAGGCGUCCUGGGAGCGUUGGCUACGAAACCCAAGCUUGUCGAGGCGGUCUUCUCUCGAGAAUGCGAUCAGACGUAUCUUGCGCAACGUAUUCAAAACUUGUUGGACAUUUGCGGUAUCACGGGAUCCUCGCCGGCUGCCGUGGCUCCGUUCUUACGAGAUGUGCCUGCUUUGAGUUUGCCAUCCAGAAGACAAAGACGAGGCAUCGAUAUUGCCCGCAUGGUCAGGCUGGUUGAGCAGUCGAGUGUUAAGCUGGAGUAUUUUGAGACAAAGUUGAGCUCCAUACGACAGUGUUUGGUCGAUCCCCAGUUGGGCACGGAAGCACGAAGGACAUUUAUUGAGCAGACUGGAUAUCGGAAACAUUUGCCCAAAACCAAGGAGACCGCAGCCGAUGUUGUCGACGUUGUCGACGACAAGGGGGUUGAGGAUCUAAGCACGAGCGAAGGGGCGCAAAAGAUGGUCCUGAGGGCAGUUAGCCCUCGCAAAACGAAUCCCCCACGAACAGGGGGCAACGCCGACCCCUGGGCUCGUCUUAAGAUGGCGGGAAGGAUCUCGACUCAUAGAGCUGUGGAGGCUGCGGCGAGUGCGGCUUUCUGA